UCGGGCUAGCAUAAUCCGUAUUAGUCUCGCCUCUCGCUCCCGACUCUGGUCACCCUUCGCUGCCUAUCUGAAAACCCCAGAUUCAACGACAGAGGCAUCGCAGCUUCAGUCCUCGACGCUUCUCUCCUUUUCUUUGCUGUAAUCGUUGGCCCUAAUCCGUAUCAGGAAUUAAGAAUCUCCGUUAGCCCUAGGUCUUCCGCAGGUCUUCCUCCAGUAGUUUUUUGUGUUUAAAUUGCUUAAUCCAUUUGGAAUUAGAAUUGACGGAAGUCGCGCAUGGGCGAGACCAUCCGUUAUGUGAGCCGAUCUUCUCUCUGUGCCUGAGAAAAAUAGCUCCUCGGCUGGGUUCCAUGUGAGGUUGGUUAGUUUUUAAGUAUUUGGACAUGGGGAGUACUGGAGAGCCGGACAGGAAGCGGCGUCACUUUAGUUCCAUAUCUCCUACGGCUGGUGCUGCGGCUAAGAAGCACUUGCUAUCCCCUUGCACCGAUGAUAAGAAGGCAAGGUCAGCCUGUUUCUCUUAAUAGCAUAUGUUAUGCUAGGGCGAGGGAAGUGAUCUGGGUAACCAUGCUUGAUGUUGCUGUUCUUCAAUUUCAAAAUCAGAAGCUUUUUCAGCAACUGGAAGCUCAAAAAGUUGAGUUCUUUGUUCUUGAUGACAAGUACAAUAUGCUCAAAGAGCAACAUCAGAUUUAUGAAGAUGCAGUAGUAGUAGUUAAUAAGUCCUGGGAACAGUUGGUUAGUGAUUUGGAGUUGCACUCGAUCUGCACCAGUGAAUCUUUACAUUCUAAACAUUAUAUGCAUGAUUCCUGUUCGUUGGAAGAUGGAGCAUCCUUCCCCAUACAGGAUGAUUUCUUGAGCAGAUUAUUGGAAGCUGGUGCAACAGAAAGCUGCUCGUAUAGUGGGCUAGAUGAUCCAGACGAUUGCACACAAAUGGCAAGUGAAUCAACAAAAGCCAUAUUGCAGAAUAUAAUAUCUUCUAUUAAUUGGAUGUGGCACGUAAGUGAGGAUGUUGUUUCUGCACUUCAAGCUACCUCUUUGGAAAAUGAUCCAGGAUUGCGAUUGCAAAAAUCUGUUGAUGAAUUUAGGAUCGAAAUUAGAAACCUUAUAAUGGGAGUGAAUGACCUGCAUUUGAAGCAUAGACACUUAGCAAGCCGGAUCCAGAACGAUAGAAGCAUGAACGCCAAAUUCAAAGCAGAGCAGAAACGUUUAACAGGUGCAUUAGCUAGUACUGCCAUAGAAUUGGAAGACAGCAAUUCAAAAUUGGCCAUUCUUAAGGCACAAGGAGAUGGAUCAAAAGGUGCACCAAUUAUUUUUCCAAUUUUAGGAAAUAAACUAGCUGGUGGAGAUGUGGCCAGAGAUACCCAAAAAGAAAUUCAUGACAUGGAGUCAUUAUAUAAGGAAUUAAAAGAUUUAGAUUCAAGUCGGAUGAUGGAAAUCAGUAAUCUACAUGAAAGAAGAAUAGAAAUAUUAACGAAGCUUGUGAAUUUACAGAAUGCUUUGAUGGACGUGAAGAGUAUAUCUUCUUCUAGCAUUUUUGUGACACUUAAAGGGAAGCUGGAUAAAUCAAAAGCUGAAAUGGAUAGCUCUCGAAUUCAUUUGGAGAAAUUGCAGGUCGAAAGGGAAAAUUUCCUUUGGCAUGAGAGGGAAGUGACAAUGAAGGGUGAUCUGGCUGAUGUAACCGGAAAGAUAGCUGAAUUGUCAGAAUUGCGAAUAGCUGAAUUAGAACAAGAGUUGCAGAAAUACACUCAAGAUCAGAACCUAUUGGAGGCAAAGCUUGAAGAAGCCUUGAGAGAACCUGGUAGGGAAAACAUCCUUGCAGAAUUUAAAGAACUUGUAUCUUCCUUUCCUAAGGAGAUGGGAGCUAUGCAAAAUGAACUGAGCAAGUCAAAGGAGUCUACUUCCGAAAUUCAUUGCCUUAGAUCUCAAUUGCAGUCUUUAUCUGGCAUAUUAGGACGGGAGGUUAGAGAGUUUCAGUCAUUGUCUGAUAAAUUUGCUGCCCAGCUUUCUGAGAUUGAAAGAUUGCAUUUAGUGGUUGGAGAUUUAAGAGAGAGUGAACAGAUGUUGCGACUUAUUUUGGAGAUGUAUCGUCGUGAAUCAACUGAUUCUAGGAAUGUUUUGGAGUCUCGUGACAUGGAGUAUAAGGCAUGGGCUCAGGUUCAAAGCCUUAAAUCUUUCCUAGAUGAGCAUAACUUGGAAGGCCGUGUAAAAACUGCUAUUGAAGCUGAAGCAAUAUCUCAACAAAGGCUUGCCACUGCUGAGGCUGAGAUUGCAGAUUUACGACAGAGAUUGGAAUUUGUUAUAAGGGAUGUAUCAAAGUCAUCCGAAAUGUUAAAUUCCAAGCAUGAGGAGGGUGAAGCCUAUCUUUCUGAGAUCGAGAGUAUUGGACAAUCGUAUGAGGAUAUGCAAACCAAGAACCAACACCUCCUGCAGCAAAUCACGGAAAGGGAUGAAUACAACAUUAAGCUUUUGAUGGAGGGUGUAAAAGCAAGGCAGAUGCAUGAUGGUGUUUGUAGUGAAAUAAAAUUGUUGGAUAAAAAGCUUCAGGAAGCCAACUUAUUGAUUGAUCUUCAUGACCUGAAAACCACACGAUUUGAUGAGCAGUUGAGAGUUAGGUUAGAUCUGGUUACAAAGCAGAUUGAAGAUGGAUGCCAAAGUUCUAUUGUUUUGGGUAAUGCACAAAGGAGACUAGCUGAUGUACAGAGUGAAUCUCAGUCGUUGAGGCUGUCUAUGAAUGAAAUACAAAUACAAGCCAUGAAAAGCAGAUCAGAGGUCACAGAGCUUUUAAUUGAACUAGAGAGGGAGAGGUUCAACAAGAAGAGAAUAUAUGAGGGACUAGAAGCAAUGACAAUAAAAGCUACAAUGCUUAGGCAACAGACUGAUGGCUCAGUCUUAUUGGAAAAGCUUCGCCAAGAGAUAAGGGAAUACAAGGGGAUUCUCAAGUGUCGUAUUUGCCAUGAUCAUCAGAAAGAGGUUGUGAUUGCAAAAUGCUACCAUUUAUUCUGUAGCCAAUGCGUUCAGAAAACCAUUGAAAGUCGUCAUCGCAAGUGCCCGACUUGUUCAGUAAGCUUUGGGCCAAAUGAUGUUAAACCCAUUUAUAUAUGAACUUCCACAGUUUUCAGGAUCUUGGUUGCACCAUUUGGAUCUGGACACCAUAGAGACAGGGAAGCCUUGUGAUGGUGCAGUCGCGACUUAUUUGGCUGUAGAUAAUCAUUCCUUUGUCCAUGCAAAUCCUUCCAACGCAUGUGGAAAAGUGCGUUGGUGUGGGUUUCAGCAGCUCUCAUGGCCAGCAAGAGCUACUGGUUAUCCAUGGCUACAGGUGUCGUCUCUUUCUCUAAAAUUUUUGAUCUGUCAAAAUUGGCAGCAUGGAGCUGUUUUCUCGUUCUCAUUAUGCUGUUUAAAAUGAAUCCCAUAUCGGCUGGGUGGCUGCAAUUGCUGAGUUUCUUUAUCUGUAUAUUUUAAAUAUUUUUUUUUUCUUGCGCAAAUGGCCUUGUAUAUUUUUUAUUGUUUCCUUGUAUCUCCAUGGGGUACUAAUUUGUAGUAGAAUGCGAUUUAGUGGUUGUUGUAGCUUUGAAUUCUUCUUCCUAUGUACUGUUCCCAAAUUUACAAGUUUGUUACUGGUUCUUUACA